GGCGCCGCUCUCCGCGCGAGAGCACGUCGUUGCGUGCGCGUUUGGCGCGCGGUGGCGGCAGGAGCCGCGGCCCUCAACCCACCUAGUGCUGCCUCUCCCGCACCCGCUGCCUUUCCUCCCGCCUCGCGCUUCCUUCCCCCCCCCCGCCCCCGCCCCCGCAGAGGUUCUCCCUCGCCUUUGCUGCUGCUCUCAGGGGCGCGGCGGGAUGGCGGGCGUCGUGGCGGGCCCUGUGGCUCAGGGGCUGAAGGAAGCGCUGGUGGAGACCCUGAACGGCAUCCUGUGCCCGGUGCAAGGGGUGCGCGCAGCUGCCGAGGAGCAGGUGAAGGUGCUGGAGGUCACCGAGGAAUUUGGUGUUCACUUGGCAGAAUUGACUGUAGAUCCCCAAGGAGCACUGGCCAUUCGUCAGCUGGCUUCUGUGAUCUUGAAACAAUAUGUGGAAACUCACUGGUGUUCCCAGUCAGACAAGUUUAGGCCUCCUGAGACUACAGAAAGGGCAAAAGCUGCCAUUAGGGAACUGCUUCCCAAUGGGUUGCGAGAAUCUAUUAGCAAAGUACGUUCAAGUGUUGCGUAUGCCGUUUCAGCAAUAGCUCAUUGGGAUUGGCCUGAAGCUUGGCCUGAGCUUUUCAAUCUGUUGAUGGAAAUGCUUGUCAGUGGGGAUCUGAAUGCAGUGCAUGGAGCAAUGCGAGUGCUUACAGAGUUUACUCGGGAGGUGACAGAUACACAGAUGCCCCUUGUAGCUCCUGUUAUUCUUCCAGAGAUGUACAAGAUUUUUACAAUGGCAGAGGUUUACGGUAUUCGUACAAGAUCACGUGCUGUGGAAAUCUUCACUACUUGUGCCCAUAUGAUCUGUAACAUGGAGGAGUUAGAAAAGGGAGCAGCCAAAGUCCUUAUUUUCCCUGUGGUGCAGCAAUUCACUGAAGCUUUUGUUCAGGCCCUACAACUGCCUGAUGGCCCUACAUCAGAUAGUGGACUUAAAAUGGAGGUUUUAAAGGCAGUGACAGCCUUAGUGAAAAACUACCCAAGGCAUAUGAUUUCCUCCAUGCAACAGAUCCUUCCUAUUGUGUGGAAUACACUUACAGAAAGUGCAGCCUUCUAUGUGAGAACAGAAGUAAAUUACACAGAAGAAGUAGAAGACCCAGUGGAUUCUGAUGGUGAAGUUUUGGGCUUUGAAAACCUAGUAUUCAGCAUAUUUGAGUUUGUUCACGCUCUGUUGGAAAACCACAAAUUUAAAAGCACAGUGAAGAAAGCGUUGCCAGAGCUAAUAUAUUACAUCAUUCUCUAUAUGCAGAUUACAGAAGAGCAGAUAAAAGUCUGGACUGCAAACCCACAACAGUUUGUUGAAGAUGAAGAUGAUGAUACAUUUUCCUACACAGUUAGGAUUGCUGCACAGGACUUACUGCUGGCUGUUGCAACUGAUUUCCAGAAUGAGAGUGCAACAGCAUUGGCUGCAGCAGCUACAAGACACUUGCAGGAAGCUGAGCAAGCUAAAAACAGUGGUGCUGAGCAUUGGUGGAAGAUACAUGAAGCUUGCAUGCUGGCUUUAGGUUCUGUCAAAUCUCUUAUCACAGACAGUGUGAAGAAUGGUAGAAUACACUUUGAUAUGCAUGGAUUUCUAACAAAUGUAGUUCUUGCAGACCUCAACCUGUCAGUGUCUCCUUUCCUUCUUGGUCGUGCUCUUUGGGCUGCCAGUCGUUUCACAGUUGCAAUGUCUCCAGAGCUCAUCCAGCAGUUCCUACAAGCCACAGUCAGUGGUCUUCAUGAAACUCAACCCCCUUCUGUUCGAAUUUCUGCAGUAAGGGCUAUUUGGGGGUACUGUGACCAGUUGAAGAUAUCUGAAAGCACCCACGUCUUGCAGCCUUUCCUUCCCAGUAUCCUUGAUGGACUAAUUCACUUAGCAGCUCAAUUUAGUUCUGAGGUCCUCAACCUUGUGAUGGAAACACUUUGCAUUGUCUGCACAGUAGAUCCAGCCUUUACAGCAAGUGUAGAGAACAAGAUCUGCCCCUUCACCAUUGCCAUCUUUCUCAAAUAUAGUAAUGAUCCUGUUGUGGCCUCACUUGCCCAAGAUAUCUUUAAGGAAUUAGCGCAAAUAGAAGCCUGCCAAGAUGCAAUGCAGAUGCGAUUGAUCCCAACCCUUGUCAGCAUCAUGCAGGCUCCUGCUGAUAAGAUUCCAGCAGGGCUUUGUGCAACUUCAAUAGACAUAUUAACAACUGUUGUGAGGAAUACUAAACCUCCCCUUUCACAGCUCCUAAUCUGCCAAGCUUUUCCUGCUGUGGCUCAGUGUAGUCUGCACACAGAUGACCAUGCUACCAUGCAGAAUGGUGGUGAGUGUCUACGUGCAUAUAUUUCAGUCGCUCUGGAGCAAAUUGCACAAUGGCAUGAUGAGCAAGGCCACAAUGGACUGUGGUAUGUGAUGCAGGUGGUGAGCCAGCUUCUUGAUCCACGCACUUCAGAAUUCACAGCUGCCUUUGUAGGCAGAUUAGUUUCCACGUUGAUUUCUAAAGCAGGGAGUGAAUUAGGAGAGAAUCUCGACCAGAUUCUGAGAGCAAUUCUUAGUAAAAUGCAGCAAGCAGAAACACUCACUGUAAUGCAGUCUUUGAUCAUGGUAUUUGCUCACCUGGUUCAUUCUCAACUUGAACCACUACUAGAGUUUCUUUGUAGUCUGCCUGGGCCAACAGGCAAGCCUGCCCUGGAAUUUGUAAUGUCAGAGUGGAUGAGUCGACAACAUUUGUUUUAUGGACAAUAUGAAGGCAAGGUCAGCUCUGUAGCCCUGUGUAAACUUCUCCAGCAUGGUAUCAAUACAGAUGACAAGCGACUGCAGGAUAUCAGGGUAAAGGGAGAAGAAAUAUUUAAUAUGGAAGAAGGAAUACGCACACGAUCAAAAGCAGCUAAAAAUCCUGAACGCUGGACAAACAUUCCUUUGUUAGUUAAAAUCUUAAAAUUGAUAAUAAAUGAACUUUCUAAUGCAAUGGAAGCAAGCGCUUCUCGACAAACUGCUGCAGAAUGGAGUCAAGAGGAAUCCAAUGAUAUGUGGGAAGAUGAAGAAGAGGAAGAGGAAGAGGAGGAGGAAGGGUUAGCAGGGCAGCUAUUGUCUGAUAUUCUUGCUACAAACAAGUAUGAUGACGAUUAUUAUGAAGAUGAUGAUGAAGAUGAUCCAGAUGCACUGAAGGAUCCUCUGUAUCAGAUAGACCUACAGGCUUACCUUACAAACUUCUUAUGUCAGUUUGCACAGCAGCCUUGCUAUGCAGUGUUCUCAGACCACCUCAAUGAGAAUGAAAGAAGAGUUCUUCAGACCAUUGGCUUAUAAAUCCUGAGCAUUGUGAACAUAUCUGGAAAAUAUUUUUCUGGUUUAUUUCACGUUUUGUGACUUGAAACAUGAAACAUCCUCCAUUAUUCGCCAGAUGUGAUUAUCUUUAUUUUGAAGAACUGUUCCUCAUCAUGAUGUAGGGUUAAGAGAAGGAUUGUUGAAGGCAACAAGAGGCAGAUGUGCAUAGAAUUUUGCACACUGGAUUUGCACAACGGGAACACUAUUCUUCAGAUCAGCUUUUCAGGAGAAAAUUAAAGUAUCGUGCCCCUAAAGCCAACUUUCUCUCCUCCACUGAAAAAGCACUUCACUGACUUUUCACAGCACAGCUUAAUGAAAUGAGGAAGACAUCGCCAUUCGUUCAGAUGUGUAUUGAAACUGGGAAGUUUUGUCCCACUUUGCACUUCUGUCACACAGGGUAAAUUAUCUUGAUUUUACCAUACGACAUCUUUUUACAGACACUUGAGUGGAAAUGGAAUCCGCUUACAAUACAAGAGCUUGGAUUAAAACCUGAAAAAUAAAAUUGUUUACCGUUCAUAUAUAGAAGUAAACGACUCCUAUCUGAGCUCCGUUAUUCUCAUGAUUCUUUACUAAAGCUAUCAUGCACCCAUACUGAGCAGGCUUGCUAAAAAACUCAGUUCCUGUGGUUACUGAUGACUGGUUUUGCAACCAAACAUUUUUAUACAAAAUCUUGAUUGUAUUUAACUUGUCUAUUUACUCCAUGAAUACAGCUUUCAUAUACUCUUUGCUUCCUUCACAUACACAAAUCACACAAUAUGGCUAAGCUGUACUCCACAAAUUAGUAUGUGUAUUUUUAUAGGGCCAUAAAAUUAACAUUUACUGGCUAAUCUGCAAGUACAGUGAUGCAUCUCACAACACCUCUUUGCCUUUUUCUCCCUUUUUGGGAAAGAAAUUAAAAAUAAAACUGUUCAAACCUCCAUUGUUAUCAUUCUUUUUAAAAUAUCCAGGUAACAAAGUUGCAUCCUUUGGUAAUCUCUUUAAAAUUCACGUGUGAAAAGCAUAGCAGCCUUUAAUUGCCACUGCAUUGAACGAGGUAUAGGCAUCUUUAAUUUGAGGUAUUGCACAGCUUGUUUCACUGGUUUUUAUGUUAAAGGUUAUAUGAGUCUUCCAAAAUUAAAUCCAAAUUUAAUGAUGUAAUUUAAUGAUGUCAUGAUCUAUCAACUUUAUAAAGAUACAAUGGAGACAGUUCAUGUGUUUAUUACAACUGAAGACAGUUUGGAUGAGAUACUGUAUGAUGGAGGAGAGUGAUGGCUGCCAGGUCUGAAAACUGGAUUUAUAAUACUUUAUUCAUGUUCCAUGGAUAAAAUUUAAUGAAUCAUGAGAUGCUGGAGGUUUGGGGAGUGUUUCAGUUUAAUAGCUGUCAGGGUUUUCAGCCCCAACUUGAGACUUCAACUGCUUAAUUGCAGUACAGUGCCAAGGAAAAAGCAGUAGGGGUUUAGCAAGGGAAAUAAAAUCACAAACAUGCUGGGACCAAGCUUAGCUUUGCAUGCUGAGUGUAAAAGAGAGAGACUGUUAAUUGAGGGACCAAUAUUAACUGUGGUUCCACCCUCCCCAUAAUUCAAUUUGAAUGUGUGAGCACAUUUGGACCAUUUAUUCAUCAAUGAAUUGCUAUUUGCAUAUGCCUUAAGGCAAUUUACAAAUAUAUGAUAAAACCAGCUAAAAUAGUUUUAAGAACAGUACAAAAAACAAUUGAAGGUAAGUUUAUUUUGUAUUUUUGUUAAAUCUAAUUGAGAUACAGUAUGUAGGAUGCAUGUCUCUCCAAAUGAAGUUGUUUCCUGACAGCAUUUUUAUACUCAAGCCUAAUUUGCCAGUAAGAAUCAGUCUCAUUGAAGUUCUGUUCUGCAUUAGAGGCUGUUGCCAGAGUUACAGUUUUACAAAAUAAUAAACUUUUUAAAAAAUCUACAGAGCAACAAUGUCUAAUUUUCUUUGUAGUA